AUGGCCUCGCAAAACACCCCCGAUACCUCGAAAGCCGUAAUAAUCGGCAUCUCAGGCCCCUCCUCCAGCGGUAAGACCACCCUCGCCCGCCUCCUCCAGCGCAUUUUCUCCGGCGUGCCCCUCAGCUCCGCCACCCUGCAUACCUUCAUCAUCCACGAAGACGACUUCUACUACCCAGAUGACCACUAUGACCCCAGAAUCCCAUACACAACAACCCCCUCCGGCCAAACAGUCCAAGACUGGGACACCGCCGCCGCAAUCGACACAGCCUUCCUCGCGCAAGCCCUAGCCUACGUACGGCAGCACGGAACCCUCCCGCCACGCCUGCAGAGCAAAGAGGACCAGAAUGAUGCGACAGACUCGGGCGUCCCGGAUGCCGUGGUCGCGGAUCUCCGGGAGCACGUCUCGCGCGCUCUGGCGGGUCUCAGGCACGCCCAUCCCGACGAUUGCGUUUCUGGAAGGGUUUUUGCUGUACUGUGCGCCGGGGGCGGACAGCCCCCUGCGGCCUGUGCAGGCGCAGAUUCAGCUCCCGCUGUUUUUGCCCGCGGGGUAUUCGGCUGUGAAGGCGCGAAGGGAGGGAAGAAGUGGGGAGUGGAAAGGGGGCAGGUGGAUCUUGAGGCGGAGGAUGAUCGGCCGCCGCAGAACUUCUGGGUUGAUCCGCCGGGAUAUGUGGACGAUGUUGUUUGGCCGCGGUAUGUGGAGGAUCAUAAGUGGUUGCUUGUGACGAGUGGGGAGGGAGAUCUGGUGACGAGGGUCGGGGAGGGAUUGGAUGUUAGAGAGGAUGCUGGGGUGAAGGUUGCGCCUGGGAAGGGGAAGGGUGGGAUGGAGGUUGUUUUGAAGUGGGCGGUUGGGGAGAUAUUGAGUUUUAUAGAGAGUGGAGGCUCGGAAUAA